CAUACACAAACAGCCGGCAGCCGCACGCCUUGCUCGUUUUCUAUGACGUUUCCGAUCCUUCGCGACGAAUGGAAUCUUGAAACCAUCAUGGCAGCCUACUUGGAGUAUCUCAAACAAGAAUUCCCCAAGAUUGACGACGAAUUAUACCAAUAUGUUGAAGGUGUACUCACUAGCAGUGCCGAUGACUUUGAAGACAGUGGAGAAAUAUUUGAUGCCGUGGGAGAAGUUUUGCAAGAGGUAGCAAAUGACAAAUCAGAGGACGAUAUAAAAGUUAUAUGCGAAAAGCUCUGGGGUAUAAUGAAACCAGGUUCAAAUGAUUCAAAUGUUGCCAAAAAGGAAAACAGAGUUUUGGAAGCACCAGUUCAUCUUAAGUCACUGUCUGAUAAUUCUGAAACUGACAUGGGAGAGAUAAAAAGUAUAUGGGUCACACAACGAGAUGAUAAUUUGAAAGUUGAUGCCAAAAAAUUAGAAAAGGCUGAGGCAAAGCUGAAGCAAAGACAAGAGAAACGAGUUGCUGAUAUGCAAGCCAAACCAGCAGCAGGACCUCUCAAGCUAGAGACUGCUUCUGCAUCUCAAGUCACUAGUAGAAAAGAUGCCAAAAUGGAAGCCAAAGGAUCCAACCGCACUCAAGACAUCAGAAUUGAGAAUUUUGAUGUUGCAUUUGGCGAAAGGGUUCUUCUCCAGGGUGCAGACCUCCUGCUUUCAUUUGGAAGAAGAUAUGGGCUGGUGGGAAGAAACGGACAUGGAAAAACCACACUGCUUCGUAUGAUCUCAGGAGGUCAACUUCGCAUUCCUUCUCAUGUCUCAAUAUUACAUGUGGAACAAGAAGUGGUAGGUGAUGAAACUCCAGCCCUUCAAAGUGUUCUGGAAUGUGAUACUAAACGUGAAGAUUUACUGAAACGUGAGAGAGAGAUAAACGCUGCUGUCAAUGCAGGGACAGCUGAUAGUAAAAUGGCAGAGGAAUUAAGUGAGGUCUAUGUAGCUCUGCAGACCAUAGAAGCUGAUAAAGCACCAGCAAGAGCAUCUCGUAUCCUCAAUGGUCUUGGUUUCACGGUAGAAAUGCAAAGUCGCAAAACAAAAGAAUUUUCAGGAGGUUGGCGAAUGCGCUUAGCUCUUGCCAGAGCUUUGUUUUCCAAACCUGAUUUGCUUCUGUUGGAUGAACCUACCAACAUGUUGGACAUCAAAGCUAUCAUAUGGUUAGAGAAUUAUCUUCAAAAUUGGCCUACAACUUUGCUUGUUGUGUCUCACGACCGCAACUUCCUUGACACUGUCCCUACUGAUGUCAUUCAUCUCUAUGCUCAAAGAUUAGAGGCAUACAGAGGAAAUUACGAACAGUUUGAGAAAACUAAGAAUGAGAAGCUGAAAAACCAGCAGAGGGAAUGGGAAGCACAACAACAGCAUCGUGAGCAUGUUCAGGCAUUUAUUGACCGAUUCCGAUUUAAUGCCAACAGAGCUUCAAGCGUUCAGAGCAAAAUUAAGAUGCUUGAAAAACUGCCUGAAUUGAAGCCUGUAGAGAAGGAAGCUGAUGUUAUACUGAGGUUCCCAGUUGUUGACCCCCUCUCUCCACCAAUUCUUCAAUUAUCUGAAGUCAGCUUUUCAUAUGACUCCAAACGGACCAUUUUUAGUAAUGUGAACCUGAAUGCCACUUUGGAAUCUCGAAUAUGUAUUGUUGGUGACAAUGGUGCUGGAAAAACUACUCUAUUGAAAAUAAUCAUGGGUAUCCUUAGCCCAAGCCGAGGUGACCGCAUCACUCAUCGUAACCUCAAAUUUGGUUACUUCAGUCAGCACCAUGUGGAUCAACUGGAAAUGAACUUAUGUUCUGUAGAAUUGCUUCAGCAAGCUUUCCCAGGAAAGCCUGUCGAGGAGUACAGACGACAGUUGGGAAGCUUUGGUGUCUCAGGCGAUCUUGCCCUGCAAAGUAUUGCAAGUUUAUCAGGAGGUCAAAAGUCACGAGUGGCAUUUGCAGUCAUGUGCAUGGGAAAUCCAAACUUCCUUGUUCUUGACGAACCUACCAACCAUCUUGACAUUGAAUCCAUUCACGCAUUGGGUCUUGCCAUCAACAAGUAUUCGGGAGGAGUUAUUCUUGUUUCUCACGAUGAAAGACUCAUCCGAAUGGUCUGCAAAGAACUUUGGAUUUGUGGAAAUGGCAGUGUUCACAGCAUUGAAGGUGGCUUUGAUGAGUAUCGUAGGAUUGUUGAACAAGAACUUGCAGAGCAAAACAAAUGAGAAAAUGGAAAUACGUAAAUGAUAAUGAAAUUUUGUAUGUUGCCACUUCGAGAAUAUUGCUGAUGUCUGAUCUCUGACUGAUCUACCAAUGUACCACCACAAUAUAAACAUUGAUAGUAUACAUCAAAUGCUCUCACCCUAAAAUCAUCAUCAUGUACCAUCCCAAUCAGGGAUGUUGAUUGUAGUAAUUGAUGUUCCUUUGUCAAUGGAGCAAAGUUUUGUUUUAAUUCAAGAAAAGCUACCUAUAUGUAUUGGUAUCUAAGCCUGGUUUAGUUGUUUACUGAGCUAUGUUUUUUCUUUUUUGUUUGUUUGAUCUUUAAGGUCUCACCUUUAAGUACCCCUUAAUACAACAAUACUUUAGCUAUUCUAGUCCAUUGAAAUAUAUGGAGGGACCAAAUUGUCAUCAAUUUUGUUAAAGACAUCUCCCUCAAAAUUCAAAAUUUUGAUGAAAACUAGUAAUAUGCAUUUGCAUUUGGUGUCCAUUUUUGGCCGUUCCUUAUAUUUUUGUGAAUGCUUUGUAAAGGAAUAAUCAUGUCAAAUUGAAAAAAAAAGAAAAAAAAAAGAAUUUGCCAUUUUAAGUAUCUCUGAACCAAAGGCUAUGAUUGAUCACUAUAUUAUUUUUUGUAUCUGUGGCUUAGUCUCAACUAUUAUGGAACAGUUAUAAUUGUGUAAAUCCCCUUCCCUUCUCCCUCUGCUGUUUGAGUUACUUGUAGGAUUCUUCCUAUGUGUCACACUCUCCACCCAACUAUGAAAGCUCUCCUAAGUGAUUCGUGAUAUUGUACCAAUUGUGAUGUAAAGUGAACUGCAGAUCACUGCCUUCUCUGCUAUAACUUUUCUGCCUAAUUAUCUAAAAUACACAUUGUUACCAAGUUGGUUAUUACAUGUGCAUGGCAUCUCCAUUCAGAAAGUAUGGCUAUCGUGAUGUGCUGUGUGCUCUACCAUUGUAAAUUCA